AUGACGAACGGCCAGAAUAGUAGUAACGCCCAAGGCGGGAAUGAGGGUACUACUGUACAGCAAGUCCAAAUGUAUGGUACUAUGGGGACUUUGGCGGAGUUCAGAAUCGAUGGCGACUGGAAUGUGUACCAGGAGCGGAUGGAGCAAUUUUUUCUGGCAAAUGGAAUUCCUGAAGAACGUAAAGUGCCUUUACUAAUAACAUGCAUGGGCGAACAAGCAUAUAAGAUGCUUAAGGAUCUAUGUGAUCCGGUGAAGCCAGCUGAGAGUACAUAUGAGCAACUAUGCACGGUACUGACUAGGCAGUUUGCAAAAAAAGUAUCGGUUUAUAGAAAAAGAGAGGAGUUUUAUAAUCUAAGACAGAAUACUAAUGAGUCCGUAACAGAGUGGUACGCAAAAAUGAAAAAUUUUGCAGCUCAAUGUAGUUUUGGAUCAAAUUUGAUACCAGUACUAAAAGAUAAAUUCACUACUGGGAUGAAGGAUGGUCCAAUCAAAGAUCGUUUGUAUGAAGAAGAAACGACCAAGGAUUUGAGUGAGUUGGUGGAAAUUGCAAUGAAGAAAGAAGCCGCAAUCAAAACAACUAACAUCGAUGUGCAUUCGAUUGGGAAAAGCAGGGAAGGAGCUAAGAAGAAAAAUGGUUAUGGUUCGCAGAAGAAACUAUCAACAACGAUGGGAGGCGAGAAGACUUCGAAGAAAAACUAUGAUAAAGCUUGUUAUGUAUGUGGCCUGACAAAUCACAAAUUUUCAGAAUGUAAGUAUAAACAAUAUAAAUGUAAAAAUUGUAAUACGGUAGGGCAUUUGGCAAAAGUGUGUAAAACAGUUAAGAAUCAUUUUGUGGAAGUUGAGGAGAAUAAAGUUAUGGAAAUGUUUCAAGUUGAGGUUAAAAGUGAAAAUAACUGCGGAUUAAGUCCUGUAAUGAUAAUGGUAAAAAUUGAAAAUGUAUCAAUUGAAAUGGAAGUUGAUUCAGGUGCAGGUAUAUCAAUAUUACCUGAAGAAAUUGUGAAAGAGAAGUUACCUCAUAUACACAUUAAUUCUACGGUGUUAAAGCUAAGAACGUAUGAUGGUUCAAUUAUUAAACCAACAGGAGAAAUUGAAGUAAAAUUGAAGUAUGGUGAAAGAGAGUUAUAUGGUAAAUUAUUAGUAGUAAAAAAAGGACAUAGAGCUCUGGUAGGUAGAGAUUUAAUGAAAAAAUUAGGAAUAACGAUUAUGGGUAUUUCAAAGAUUGAAGUUGAAAGCACAAAUAAGAAUAAUAAAUUAGAGUUACUAAUGAAUGAAUUUGAGGAAUUAUUUGAGGAAAAAGUUGGUAAAUAUGAAUAUGAAAAAGUGACAUUGAAAGUUAAAGAAGGAUGUACACCUAUAUUUUGUAAACCAAGACCAAUACCGUUUGCUUUUAAAAAAAAAGUUGAGGAGGAGUUGGAUAGGUUAGAAAAGGAGGAUAUAAUACAGAAAGUUGAGACUAGUGAAUGGGGUACUCCACUUGUACCUGUGAUUAAACCAGAUGGAUCUAUUAGAUUAUGUGCAGAUUAUAAGACUACGGUCAAUAAAUAUUUAGUAGAUAUUAAUCAUCCAUUACCAAGAGUAGAAGAAGUUUUUGUGGCGUUACAAGGAGGUAAAACAUUCUCUAAAUUAGAUUUUUUGAAUGCUUAUAACCAGUUAGAGUUAUGUGAAAAUACACAAAAACUAUUAGCUUGGAGUACAAGUAAAGGUAUUUAUAUAGUAAAAAGAUUACCUUUCGGUACCAAACCAGCUUGUUCAAAGUUUCAGAGUGUUAUUGAAAAAGUGCUGUUAGGAACAAAGGGUGUUAAAAACUUUUUAGAUGACAUUAUUGUAACUGGACAUGUAAUUGGAUCAGAAGGUAUUGAAAGAGAUAAAAAUAAAGUUAAAGAUAUGCUUAAUGCAGUUGAGCCUAAGAGUGUCACAGAAGUAAAAGCCUUUACAGGGAUGGUGAACUACUAUGCUAAGUUUAUACCAAAUUUAUCAACCUUACUAGGUCCUAUUUACAAUUUGUUAAAAAAAGAGGUAAAAUUUGUUUGGACAAAGGAAUGUAGAGAGGCAUUUAAUAAGACAAAGCAAGCAAUGGCAUCAGAAUCAGUAUUGGUUCAUUACAAUCCUGAUUUAAAUGUGGUAUUGUCUUGCGAUGCGUCGGAGUAUGGUAUAGGAGCAGUGUUAAUGCAUAUUUUUGAAAAUGGAGAAAAGCGACCAGUGGGGUAUGCAUCAAGAAUCCUAACCGUGGCUGAAAGAAAAUACUCGAUAAUACAAAAAGAGGCUUUAGCGGUUUUCUGGGGGGUAAAGAAAUUUUCUCAGUAUCUUUUGGGUAGAAAAUUUUUUCUUGAGACUGACCAUAAACCUUUGUUAGCGUUGUAUGGGGAAAAGAAAGGUAUUCCUGUUAUGGCCUCUGGGAGAAUGAUGAGAGAAAGAUGGGCGUUAUAUUUAUCUGAGUUUGAUUAUCAAGUGGUACAUAUUAAAGGUAAUGAUAAUAAAGUGGCAGAUGGACUUUCUAGAUUACCUGAUAAAGAUGAUGUAGUAAUUCAAACAAAAGAAGUGGAUUAUGUUGAUUUUAUGGAAAAUACUAUGCCUAUUGAUUAUGAGAUACUUAGAGUAGAAACUAAAAAAGAUAAAGAGUUUAGUUUAGUUAUUAAAUUUUUGAAUGAAGGUUGGCCGAUAAAAGUAAGCGAGGAACUGAAACCUUAUGCAAUUAGAAAGGAAGAAAUUUGUGUAGAUAAAGAUAUAUUGAUGUGGGGUUAUAGAAUAUUAAUUCCUAAAGUUCUCAGGAAGGAUUUAUUGAAAGAAGUACAUUCAACACAUAUGGGUAUGUCUAAAAUGAAAACAUUGUGUAGAUCAUACAUGUGGUGGCCUGGAUUAGAUAAAGAUAUAGAAAAGUGGGUACAAAGUUGUGAUGCUUGUUUACAAAGUAGAUCAGAACCAAUUUUAGCGGAACCAAGAAAGUGGGAGGAAGCGAGUUAUCCAAUGGAUAGAAUACACAUAGAUUUUCUAUAUUUACAAGGUAAAAACUAUUUGAUCAUGACAGAUAUAUUUACAAAAUGGCCAGAAGUAGCUGAAAUGAAAAUAUUGAACAGUGGUAGUUCGGUUAUUGAAAUGUUAAGAGAGAUAUUUGCUAGGUUUGGAUUACCGAACAAAAUUGUGUCAGAUAAUGGACCGCAAUUUAGAUCAGAGGAGUUUAUACAAUUUUGUAAAAAUAAUAUGAUUAGGUUUGUGACGUCCCCUCCUUAUCAUCCGGCUACAAAUGGAUCAGCAGAAAAUGCUGUUAAAUCUUUAAAAAAAUGGGAUAUUAAAGGCAUGAAUACACCACACUGGAUAACUGGUGAGACACCAAGUUAUAGAAUGUUUGGAAGGAAAAUUAAAACUAGAAAAGUAUAUUUUAAAGAAGGAGACAUAGUUUAUGCUAGAGAUUAUUCCAACCCUAAUAAAAAAGAAUGGAAGAAAGGAACAGUCGAAGAAGUGUUAGGUGAUAGAAUAUAUUUAGUUAGAUUAGAAAUAGGAAAUGUGAUAUGGAGAAGGCACAUUGACCAACUAAUAGAAGUAGGUAAGAUAAAUGAAAAGAGUUUUGAAACAGAAGAAAAUGAGAAAGGAGAAGAACAAACAGAACUGGAGGAAAAGAAAAUUAAUAAGGUAAAAGAAGAAGGUAUUGAUAAAAAAAAAAUAUGA